AGGUUUGUGUGUUUGUGCGGUAUGACGUUCAGGUUCGAUCGAUCAUUCAUUGUUAAGUUGCUGGUAAAGCCGGGCGGGCCAUGGCUUUCUUUGCCGGGCCAUACGUUAUUGUGCGAAGUGUUUACACAGCAUUUGUCGUAGAGUAGUGCUUGCAAACAUUUCAGUCCGUUAACGACUACAAAUGCUGACGGAUGUUGAUAGCGCGUGUGUACAAAAUUUAAUAUAACACAUGUUGUUCUUUUGAAAAGAAAAAAUAAUAAUUUUGAAAAAAGCAAACAAACGGAAAUAUUAAACAUAUUUUUUGGAAAUAAAAUAUUUUACAAAAAAAAAAUUAAAUUGUGCGAAAUUACAUUUAUAAACAUACAUAUUAAAAAGGAAAAUUUUCCAACAUACAAUAAUGUUAAAAUAUUAUGAAUUUGUUAAAAAUGUAUUAACAAAUUAUUAAAGUGUGGUGUUUUAAAUUAAUAACAAUAACAUCUUUAAACCGAUAUAAACAAACAAUUUAAAGAUAAACAUAUAACAAGUGCAAAAUAUUUCAUCAAACAAACGCCCGCCUAUAUUUUUUGGAUUACGCGCUCACUACUUUUUUUUAAUAUACAAAAAAAGAACAAACUUUGGAUUACUUCUUAUAACAUACAGAUACAAUUUUGUUAUCAAAGGUUUUAAGUUUUUAAAACUUUUAUCGAUUGGGAUUAUACUUCAAUUAUUAGUGACAAAUACCUCGCUUUAAUAUGGCUGCUGAUUUAACAACAUCCACCACAACCUCUGCGGAAAAUCUUUAUAUGCAUUUAAAUGCUUCCGAGUUAUCAGCGAUUAUAAUGAAAGGUUCACCCCAUUCCAACGAUCGCGAUGCUGGUUUCUGUUCGGGCAGCUCUGAAGGUGGUGAUGACUAUUUCAGUGAUAAUUUGCGCAUGGAACCCAGUAGUCCUACGGAUAACUCUGAAGACUCAGUGGAAGUUAAAGUCACACCCAUAUCGUUGGUGCGCAAUAAACGCAAAAGUUGCGAACCAUCGAAGGUGGUCGAAGAGAAAUCGGCCGCCUCCCAGUCCAAUGGACCACUUAAGAAACGCAUACGUUAUUCCUCCAAUACCGAUUCGGGUGUAGUUUUAACACCGCCCGCGGUAACUGUAACCUCACCACCACCACAGCUAUGGGAUCCUAGUCAGAUAUUACCUCAUGAAAUGAUGCCAAAUCCGGCCCAGGUAUUUGUAAGACAUCCUGGUGUUACCACUUUGCAUAGACUGCCAAUCGAUGAAGAACAUGUAAGCGAGGAACAACAAGAACCCUUGGCUUUAGUGUUAAAGAAACCUGUGGAAAGCUCAGAAACACCAAAAGAAAAAACAUCUUUAAAGGGUUUAACACCCAAAAAAAGAUUUACCCGCGAAUCUUCUGUAGAACAAACACCAACUAAAUGUUCCCCCAGCACAAGCAGCAGCGCUAACAUUAGCUGUACGGAACAAUCUGCUGUAACUCUAGUACCACCACCAGCUCUCUCCUUAACCUCCUCCCACGAAGAAUCUUCUCUAAAUACCUCAGGCUCACAGAAAAACUGCUCAAAACCCCAGCAGCGUAACUAUAAAAAUAUGACCCGGGAAAGACGCAUUGAGGCCAAUGCCCGGGAGCGCUCCAGAGUGCAUACUAUCUCAGCGGCCUAUGAAACCUUAAGAAAAUCUGUACCCUCCUACUCCAACAAUCAAAAGCUUUCAAAGCUUUCGGUUUUAAGGGUGGCCUGUUCCUAUAUAUUGACCUUGUCUCGUAUGGCUGGUUAUGAUUAUAGUCAAGAUGAGUCUGAGCCCUCAAUAGCUUCCUGUUUCGAUGCCGUCACCGCCACCAUACAAACGGAGGGUAAAAUACGCAAGAAGAAGGAAGAUGAGAAAUAAACUUAAGAGACUUGAAGUAAAAGUUUCCUUAACAAACAUAAACACACACAAAAUAAAACUCUUUAAGGACUGAACCACUUUAAAAUAAUAAUUUAUAGAAAUUUAAUUUAAAACAAAAGCUUUUGGAAAAUAGUUAAAGUAUUUUUCGUUGAAAGCUUUCAACAGCUUUUAAUAAAAUUUAUUUAAACACCUUUCAAAAGCUUUCAUUUCAUAUUUUUGUAAAAUUAAAAAAAUACAACUUCGUUAAGGCUUUAAAUACAACAUUGUUGAAUAGCUUUUAAGCUAUUUGCAGUCAUUAUUUCAUAAGUUACCCAUCCUUAAAAGCUUUUCUAUUAAAGCUUUCCUUAUACUUUUGUAAGUUUAAAACAAAAAACUAUAUGAUAUUAAAUCAUUUCUUAAAUGUGAUGUUGCUUUAAACAAACAAUUUGUAAAAACAAUACUUAAAUUUAUAUUUAAACAAAAAAACAAAAACUAACCCACUGUUAAAGUUAAAAUGAAGCUUUCAUUCCAUUAAAGCUUUUUCAAAAAAAGACAAUAAAUUGUAAAUUAAAAAAGAAAAAAAACAAACAAAUUUUGUAAUAACUUAAU